AUGGGAUCUCCAAGUCCAAGGUUUCUGUUCUUGUUGGUUUAUGUGUUUGUGUUACUUUCGGUUUCAUCAACUUCUUCGUUUACAAUACAAGAAAGCUUCAUUCAUUGUCUUGGAGCACAUUCUCAGAAUCCAAUCCCAUUUUCGACAUCCUUUUACACUCCCAACAAUGCUUCAUUCACUUCAAUCCUUGAAUCCGCAGCUCAAAAUCUAAGGUACUUGCUGCCUUCAAUGCCCAAACCUGAUUUCAUAUUCACUCCAUUGGAGGAUUCUCAUGUUCAAGCCGCUGUCAUUUGUGCAAAAACGCUCAACAUUCACAUGAGAGUACGCAGUGGAGGUCAUGACUAUGAAGGCCUUUCUUAUGUUUCUCUUGUUGAGAAGCCAUUCAUGAUCUUAGAUCUUGUCAAGCUCCGUGCCAUCCAUGUUGAUGUUGCACAAAACAUGGCAUGGAUUCAAGCUGGGCCAACUAUUGGAGAAGUUUACUAUAGAAUUUCAGAGAAAAGUCAAGUCCAUGGCUUCCCUGCAGGCAUUUGCACAAGCUUAGGCAUUGGUGGUCACAUAACAGGAGGUGCAUAUGGCUCCAUGAUGAGAAAGUAUGGCCUUGGAGCUGAUAACAUCAUUGAUGCACGAAUCGUGGAUUCUGAUGGCAAGAUUCUUGACAAAGAAGCCAUGGAAGAAGACCUAUUUUGGGCAAUUAGAGGAGGAGGAGUUGGAAGCUUUGGGAUAAUUCUAUGGUGGCAGAUCAAGCUAGUUCAAGUUCCACCUAUAGUGACAGUCUUUACUGUUACUAAAACUUUAGAGCAAAAGGCAAACAAGAUUCUUUAUAAAUGGCAGCAAGCAGCACCAAACAUUGAUGAAAAUAUAUUCAUUAGGGUCCUGAUUCAGGUAACAAAUUCCAGUACUGUGGGCAAGAAAACCAUAUCAACUUCUUAUAAUGCUCUAUUUCUUGGAGGGGUUGAUAGCCUCCUCCAAGUGAUGAAGAGAAGUUUUCCUGAAUUGGGUAUAACCAAAAAAGACUGUUUGGAAACAAGUUGGAUCAAAUCUGUGGUUUACAUGGCUGGCUAUCCAAUCUCCACGCCACCAGAAAUUCUUCUCCAAGGGAAAUCCAUUGGCAAGACAUACUUCAAGGCUAAGUCAGAUUUUAUGAGGCAAGUGAUUCCUGAAAUUGCAUUGAGUUCUCUAUGGAAAAGGUUUUUGCUGGAAGAAAGCGCCUUCAUGAUUUGGAAUCCAUAUGGAGGAAUGAUGAAUAGAAUACCAGAAUCUACAAGGUUAUUGUGACUCUGAUUGGGGAGCUUGCACAUACACUCGUCGAUCAGUGAUUGGGUAUAUUAUCAAAAUGGGAGGCGCACCUAUUGUAUGGAAGUCA